AUGGACUCGUCCACGAGCCUCACCCGGACCGAGACACCCAAGAGCAAGCCGGAUGUGAAGAAGGAGGUGAUUCCUCCCAAGGUGCAGCACAGCUUCGAGGACAUUGAGGGACUCAUCAAUAACCUUCUCAUGCUCAACACAUUCACUCUCGGUUUCAGCAUCAGCUUCCUCGCGGCGUUCGAGAACGAAGCGCUUCUGGCGAUGGACCAGCGCUACUUCAAUGUCUUCACUGGUGCUUUCAAGGGUAGUGCAGAUGAUUCGGGUAAAUUGAUGAUCAAAUCGUUCGGCGAGCAACACAUAGGAGAAGAUUACUCGCUCUCUCCGUCUGGCACCAUACUCGUCCGCGGUAUGCGGUCCACCACCUGCCUGACGUUUUCCCUCAUCGUCGGCCUCGCGUCUUACGUCUCGAUGUGUCUCAGCGACGCGAGGGAGGAUCAGAAGUUCUUCAUCAAGUGGUACUCCUGGUUCAAAUGGAUCAUCCUGAGUGGGUACUGCCUCUACGUCGCGGGAUUCACGCUGUUCUAUUUGAUGGUGGCAGCCUCCGCCUACGCGCUUUUCCCCAUGUACUGCGGGGCCAAGCGGGGAUUCCUGAGCAACUCGGUGUGGCUCGACACGAAGGUUGACUUUGACGCAAGCGGCGCUCCCCAGGAGGGCUGUUUCAUCAAGGGCAUGAAGGAUCCCGUCGGGGACACCACCCUCAUCCUGAACAUCAUGAUGCCCGCGAUCCUACUCUUCUGCGGCAUCGUGACCUACGCGAUGCACUACAAGACCAAGGUGAUCAAGUCCGGGAGGGUCGGCGCGGACGGGACGCUCUACGGCAGGUGGAAGUGA